AUGUCAGAUUAUGUCUCUGAAGGAAGUACGGGUACUUGGCCAUUUGAGCCCGAUAUAAAGGCUAAGAUACAACUAUAUCGUGAUGCAAUGGAGAAAUUGCUUGAAGAUGAACAUAUUCACCCCUGGAAACAAGAGUUGCAUAUUGUCCAGUCUAGAAUUCAGAUACUGGAUCUAAACGAAGAAAAUCCCGAUUGCCGGGCUACUGAGCCAGACAACCCACAAACCACUUGGAUCCAACUGGAAAACACUAUUAAGAAGGCACGUUUAACCAAAGACUGUCGGUAUCUUAUCUUAUUAGAAGGUUUAAACCCAAAUACGGUUGAAGUCCUUGGAGUCCAGCUCGAGAUCCCCCCAGAGUUCUGGUUUGCGCAUUUUGAGGUUGAGACACAGAUGAGGGUAUUCAAUUCCUUAAUGACAAGACAAGAGAGCUCGGUCUAUUGGAAAAUAGCAUUACCACAAAGGUUCUGGCUUGGAGACGAUCAUUUUCCAUCUGGCAGCUAUAAUAUCUACUUCGGCAACUACUACCGCAAUUGGGAAUGGUUCGGCGGUGAGGACGCGACCGACAAAACAUAUGCCAUUGCGUCAUUUUGGGGCAAAAGGAUAUUGAAUGGCUCUUCUAUAUCUCUUGUGGUGGUAGAUGCCCCCCAUGGCUGUCUUAUCCCUCAGUUCCAUGUCCCUACAGGGUUUAAUAACCCGACAUUCAAGCCUGUGUCACCACAACAGGUCAUGGAGAAGGAAAUAAUUAAUCUUACACUUGAAUCAUCUGGGUUCAGGGCAAAGAGACUCUAUCCUUUAAUAACCCCGAUCUGGGAUCUUCUCGUACAAGCUCACACGGGGGACACAGCUCAGCAUUCAAGAGACCCAUUCUCUUCUAUCUCUAUAACUCGGAACGUCAUCUGCUCUAUAUGGGAAGUAAAGAUUGCAAAGGACCUUAAGAGAUGGAAUGUGAUUUGGAUGGCAAAUGACACCUUGCGCGACCUCGGCUGGCUCGACGACAAUGAUUCAGAUGAAUUUGGACAAAAUCAUGACAUCCUUGGAUACAGCAAAGGCAUUUCCAGUUACUACCGGGGCAUGACGUAUCAUCGAUGUUAUGUGCAAGAACGCAAAGAAGCAGUCCGAGGGAUUAUGCAAGCAUUUGGGUAUGGUGAUCCAGGAAGUCUAUCGCCAACCUAUCAGGUCAACGUAUCAAAUGAGUUGGAGAGGUGGAGACGAAUAUAUGAUCGAUACAACGGGAUGGAUAGCGCAUUAACAUCAACUCUGACGAUGUAUGCCCAGUAUGCUAUGAUGGCUGAGGCAUUUACAUCGAAGGUGCAGGCCGAUGAAGCUGCUGGACAGACAAAGGCGGCUACUUUCCAGGCUGAGUCUGCCAAUCGACUAGCACGUAGUGCUGGACAGCUGGCAAAGAUUGCCACAGUUGCCGUUCCAUGCACAGCUGCCAGUCAGUUGACGCGCAUGAGGCAUGCAUGCCACUACGACCCCAACACAGAUCUCAAUAACUGA